CGACAAAUUUUGGGUCUAGACGCUUCUUUAUGUGUUUCUUGACUGCAAAGCAAUAAAGGGGCAGCCUCCCUUGCGGAGGCAGCCAAAACCUCCUGCAUCAAGCCAUUCAUUAGGAUUUUUUUCCUCCAUCAGACAUCAUGUAAAUGAAUCAACGUGAUUGCAAGCAAGACUAUGAAAUUAUUCGGCAUCGUGGCACUUUGGAACAAACGCAGCGAAUUGAUCCCACAAACCACUGACCACCUACCAUCGAUGCCGCCCACCUGAGCCGUGACAGUAUGAGGGUUCAGAUACAACCUCUCAUAGCCGUCAAAGAAAGAAACGGGAUCUCCGUGAAUCAAGAAACAGCCACGUACUAAUCAAACCACAUCAGAGGGGGGCGUUUCCUCGUUACUACUCAGUGGCCAUUGUUCACAGUCAGAGCAAUCGUGCAACUCCCAAGCCCCAUGCUAAAAGAAGGGCCUGCCGUCUCCUCGAGUUGAGGCAAAACGUACCUGGGUAGGUAUGUACCUAAAGUAAAGCAAAAAAAAAAAAAGAAAGAAAAAGAAAAAGCCAAAUCGCAACUCAACAAAAAUCCGUGGAAUGGGACAAAAAAUGAGUAAAAGGCCAUCUAACUGCAAAAAGACCGCAGCCAUGAAAAAGGCCGUGGAGCGCUGCUCCACGUUUGAGGACCUCCCCGCUGACGGACCGGAUCCAUGGCCCCAGCGCAAGAUCUUCCUGCACCGGGUCGAGGCUGACGAAAAGCUGCUGCACCGAACAGAUGCUGAGAUGAGGGAGAUGGAGAACGACUUACGGCGGAAGUGGCCGUGCGAGGAAGCUAUUCCUGAGGGCUUUGACGUGGACAAGCUAGAAGCCGCUUGGCAAGCUCAAACAAACCCUUGCGUGAAUGGGGAUGCGAACGCAGCCCAGAAGUGCGGUGACAGCUCUCAAGAAUGCGACGACGACGACGAAGUGCCCGGCCGAUUGUGGGGGCAAGCACCGAUAGACACCUACUCCGCGGUGAACAUGUCCUCGGGCGCCGUCUCUCUGCCCACCUUCACACCAUUCUACGACCCUUUACCCAACGGUAAAAUGCCAAGAGACCGGGAAAGAGCAGCAAAGAGGAAGCACAUUUGCUGGGCACCUAACCCCCCUCCCAUCCCUUCCCGUCGUGCAUCCAAGUACCCAGCCGGGACGAGGCGAGAUCUGGGCCGCAUCCAACCACGCUUCGGGGCCGGCUCGGAGCCGCCGCCAGCCAGGAGUUCAUUCGCCAACGCCGGGUUCGCCGUGUCCGUACGCCAAGGCCAGCAGUCCAGCACCGUGCUGAAGGGCUACCCGAAAGCGCCCCGGUACUUUCCUUGGAAGAGUCGGCUCGGCGGGAGCUGAUCGAUUCGAUACUUGUAAGUCAUAAACAAAUACCUACCUAAAGAAACAGCUUCACUUUCCUACAUCCUGUAAUUACCUUACCUAGUAGGUAUGAUCGCUUUCGUGUACCCGGUACUACUAGUUCACCCAAGACGCGCUGUAUCUGUUUUAACUGUUUUGAUUGUUUUAAUGAGAAUUGGAAUAGGUAGUCUCUAGGAUAGGAUAGUUGGAAAUACCACAAAGUAAAA